GGGAGGGCGCCACCAGCACGAGACGGUGGGCGGGUUUGUGUCGUCACUUCCGGCGUUGGGCCCGGCGCGGCGGCUGGCGAAAGCACUUGGGAACCACACUAGCACCUUGGUGUCACCUCCUUGCUAAAUGACGUCGUCACCUUGAGAGAAUUACGCUGGUUUCACCUCAAAACCCUGCUGAACCUGCACCGCCGCCUGGGAAUUCCUCCGCAGCAAAAUGACAUCAUCACCUUGAUGGAGUUGAGCUGGUUUUGCCUUGCCCCAAAACCCCUUUGAACCCGCGCCGCCGCCUCAGGAUCGCUUCGCACCCAAACGAUAUCAUCACCUGGACUGAACUGAGCUGUUUUCUCCCCAAAACCACUUGGAACGCACAUCGCCGCACCUUACUGUCGCAUUUUUACUAAAACCCGCCUCAUCGCCUUCAGGGAUUUAAGUUCUUUUCACCCCAAAACUUCUUCCAACCCUCCCCUUCCCAUCAGCCCUUCCCCAAUCCCCCUGAUCCAAGCCCAGCCAUCCCCACCCCCACCCCAAAUUCAGGGGGGCCAACGGCAGCGCCGUCAUGUCGGGUGCUGACCCCUUGGAGACGCUGCAGGUGGAAGCCAGCUGCUCGGUUUGCCUGGAAUACCUGCAAGAUCCCGUCAUCAUCGAAUGUGGCCACAAUUUCUGCCGCCGUUGCAUCACCCGCUGGUGGGCUGAGCUGGCGCGCGAUUUCCCCUGCCCCGUCUGCCGUAAAACCUCUCGCCAUCGUGCCCUUCGGCCCAACCGGCAGCUCGGGAAUAUGGUAGAAGCCGCCCGGCAGCUUCGCGGUGCCAAACGGAAAGCCAGGGAGGAGAGUCGCUGCCAAGCUCACGGCCAAGCUUUGGCCCGGUUCUGUCGCGACGAUCAAGCCCCCGUUUGCCUGCUCUGUGAGAUCUCCCACGCCCACCGCGCCCACGCCCUCGUCCCCCUCGACGACGCGGCCCUCGAGUAUAAGGAGAAGCUGCAGCGCUGCCUGGAGCCGCUGGAGCGGAAGCUGGAGGCAGUGGCCGGCUGCCGAGCGCGGGAGGAGAAGAAACCCGGCGAGCUGAAGAGGAAGGUGGCCCUGUGGCGGGAACGCAUCGCCCGGGAAUUUGAGGAGCUUCACCAGCUUCUGGAGGAGGAGGAGCGGCUGCUGCUGCAGCGGCUGGAGGAGGAAGAACGCGAGAUCCUGCAGCGGCUUCAGGCCAACCUGGCUCGGCUCGGGGAGCAGCGCCGGGUCCUGGCCGCCCUCGUGGCAGAGCUGGAGGAGAAGUGUCUGCAGUCAGGCGCCGAGAUGCUCAAGGACAUAAAGGACACCCUGGCCAGGUGCGAGGCGGCGGCAGUGCCGGUGGAAGAACCGGUUUCCGUCCCCAUCGAGCUGGAGAAAAACUUCUGCAGUUUCCCCCGGCAAUACUUCACCCUCCGGAAAAUCACCCGGCGCCUCAUCGGCGAGGUGACGUUGGAUCCCGACACAGCACAUCCCAACCUGGUUUUAUCGGAAGAUCGGAAAAGCGUUCGUUUCGUGGAAGUUCGACCCCGGGAUUUACCCGAUACCCCGCGGCGUUUCACCAUCUACCCCUGCGUUUUGGCAGCGCAGGGUUUUACCUCUGGGCGUCAUUACUGGGAGGUGGAAGUCGGUGAUAAAACCCACUGGGCGCUCGGCGUUUGCAAGGAUUCCGUGAGUCGGAAAGGGGAAUUAACGCCGUUGCCGGAGACGGGAUAUUGGCGGGUACGGCUCUGGAAUGGCAAUAAAUACGCAGCCACCACCACCCCCUUCACCCCGCUGACGGUGCGGGUGAAACCCAAGCGGGUGGGGGUCUUCGUGGACUACGAAGCCGGCAAAGUGGCUUUUUAUAACGUCACGGAUCGCUCCCACAUUUAUACCUUCACCGAUACUUUCACUGAAAAGAUUUGGCCGCUUUUCUAUCCCGGGAUCCGUGCCGGCAGGAAAAACGCGGCGCCUCUGGUUAUCCGUUCACCCACUGACUGGGAGUGAGGGGGGAAAGCGGUGCCGGUGGCGUUUGGCUUGGUGACAUCUGGCAGCGCCAGGAGCCAGCGCUCUGGUAUAGAUGGGGUUUGGCUCUCCAAGAUCUGGCACCACCGGGAUCCGGUGCUCCGGCAUAGACAGAGUUUUUUGGCGCUCUGAUGUUUGGCACCACCGGGAUCCGGUGCUCCCGGCACUGCUGCGGUUCAGUGCUCUGACAUCUGGCACCACCGGGAUCCGGUGAUCUGGCACGGCUGGGAUUUGGCUCGCUGAGAUGCAGCACUGCCACGGUCUGGCAAUCUGGCACCACCACCAGGAUUUGGCUCUUGGGACAUCUGGCACCGCCAGGAUCCACUGCUCCGGCAUAAACAGGGCUUGGCUCUCCGACAUCCACUGCUCCGGCGCCACCGGGAUUUGGCUCCCCGACAUCCACUGCUCCGGCGCCACCGGGAUUUGGCUCCCCGACAUCCGGCACCGCCAGGCUCUUGCUCCUUGCCAUCGAGCUCUGCGGCGCCACUGGGCUCUGGAUCGCCUUCCCCAGCGUCUGGCACCAGCCGGGUCCGGCUCUGCGGCAGCACCAGAGGCGUGUGGCGGUAGGUGCGGGCGUGUGGCAGGGCCGUGUCCCUCUACCCGUGUGUCCCCUGGCCCCGUGCGUGUCCCUCUGUGUCCCCCCUGUGUCCCCACAUCAGUUUGUGCCUCCCCACGUGUCUGCUCCCCCGUGUCCCUGUCCAUCAGCGUCCCUCUGUCCGUGUCCCUCCCUGUCUCUUUACGCCCCUCUGUGUGUCCCCACAUCCGUGUCCCUCCCUGUUGCCACAUUCACGUGUCCAUCCGUGUGCCCACGUCCCUCCCCCCGUCCCCCCAUCCGUGUCCCUCCCCAUCCCCGCAUUCCAUGUCCCUCCCCAUCCCCGCCCCGCCAUCGCCCACCGCGUGGCCGUCCUCCCCCGCCUCGCACACGCCUCACACACGCCUCGCACACGCCUCCACACGCCAUGGCCCCCUCAGGGCCACCGGAACGGGGCCCGCUGGCCCAGCUGGUGCGGGACACGUUGUGCCCGGCCUGCGGGCAGCCACUGCGGGACCCCGUCCUCUUCGCCUGCAACCACAGCUGCUCGCCGCCGCUGCCUGCCCACCGCCCACCCCGGCGAGCCCACUGCUGCUUUCUCCUGCCCGCGGUGCUGCCUGCCCUGCGCCCCCCGCCGCCUCCGCACCCCCGUGGCUCUGGCCGUGGAGAGUCGCAUCGCCCAGCGUCUGGCUCAGGGAACACCCGGACCCCCCCGCCGGCCACAGCGCUGCAGCCUGGGGGCCCAGCUCCGAGCUGAUGCCGCCCCCCUACGCCCCCCAUCCCCAGAGGAGGCACCCUGGAGUGGGGAAGAACCCCCCAAAAGCUGCCCCCCCUCCUCCCUCCUCGCUGACACCCCCCCCCCCCC